GGUUAGGAAUGGCGGGAGUUGAAAUCCAAAACACCUGGCGGGACAGCCAAAGUUGGACCCCCUCUUCCUCUCGCUCACUCCUUCGCGCAUGCGCUCUUCGGCCCCGGUAAGCCCCUCCCGUUUCCCAACCGCCGUUCUCCGCCAGCACGUGCUCACUUCUCGGCGUGGUCGUCAUCGUCGUCGGCGCUUCCUCUCGUUUGAAAAGCAAGCGGGGAGGAGAGCCCCUCGCUUGAGUUCGCCAAAGGAGAUGCCGAACCGCAAGAAAGUGCGCAAUGCCUUUUUCUUCUUCGUGCUGGAGAAAAUUCCGGACCUGAGGCGGCGUGGCCUGGCGGUGGGCGGCGUGGCCGAGGCCAUCCCCUACUGCUCCGACGACUGGGCGGAGAUGCAGGAGCAGGUUGUGCAACGCUACCCCAACGACCAACCAUGCCAUGAAAGCAUUUGCAGGAGAGAAACAAUCCCAAACGCACUGAGUGAGGACCAAAAAGAAAAGUAUGCAGAAAUGGCUCGUCAGUGGAAAGCUAAGACAUCAGAAGUAGCAGCAGCAAAGUCACCCAGUGAAGUUCCAGCAUCUUUUCCUACAAAAACCCAAAAUAAAGUUCUUGAAAACCUCACAGGUCUUCUUACAAAGAGAGAUCAAGAUGUGCUUGAAACCUCAUUCUACUUCCUGAAUAUCUUGAGCCAUGGAAUGCUGCCCCAGGUUUGCAGUCAGCGUUUUCUCCCUUGUGAAAUUGGCUGCAUCAAAUAUUCUCUUAAGAAAGGCAUAAUUGCAGAGUUCCAUCGUUUUAUAGAUCCUGGAGAGGUGCCACGAGGUUUUCGAUUUCAUUGCCAAGCUGCAGCCGAUGCUACACACAAAAUUCCUAUAUCGGGAUUAGACCUUCCAGCCACAGAUCGUUCUGUUUUGCUUUGUGAACUUUACUCAUUCAUCCAGCCAUGUUGGGGCACCUGGCCACUUAUAUAUUGUAAGUCUGAUGAUCACUAUAGAGUCAACUGGUGCUUGAAGCACAUGGCUGAGGAAGCAGGCACAGUAAAUCACCUGGAGCUUCGCAAUGUGGAGGAUCUUAUUGUAGAGUUAUAUUCUCGAAAACUUGAAAAAGAACCUUCUAAGACCUGGGUGUGCAGCACACUGGAUGCCUCUGUGUGGGAUUAUUCAGCCAAUACUAGGUGCCAGUGGCAUGAAGAAAAUGAUGUACUAUUCUGUGCUCUUGCUACUUGCAAAAAAAUUGUAUACUGCAUCAGCAAUUCUCUAGCACCUAUAUAUGACAUACAACUGACCACAGCUCAUUUACCUCUGCAUGAGAGAUCAUCCUCAAAAACAGUGAAUGCGAAGACAGUCAUAUUGGAUGCUAGACGUUUUCAGAAAGCUGAGUGCACUGUAAAUAAUAGGCACACCAGAUCACCACAUCAGCAUGCAGGUAAUUAUCCUGCAGGAGUGAAGACAGUGUGUGAACCAAGCACUAGAUGUGGGAGAGGAAUUGCACGGCUCUUUCCACAAGCGGUCCAGCCGAUAGAAGCUCAUACUAAAGUGCCUCCUGGCAAGGACAACUCUUUUUAGGAUUCCUGCCAUCAUUGAUAAUCGAAAUGCAUUACAUUUAUGCAUGUUUUGCAUUAAAUGUUUGUUGUCCUUAACAAAUGUUUGCUUCCUAUGAUUUGACAUUUUCCUAAAUAUAAAAAAGUAAGAAAGAAUUAAGUUAUUCUAGAGCAGGUUAUAAUGAAUAUUUCUCAGUGCCUUUGAACAUUUAGCAGAAAUUAGAGAAGAUGGGGUAAAGUGAAACCAGUAGUAAAGCAUUCUUAAACAAUUUCUGAAUUAGUCAAGACUGUUGUAUGCAUUUUGCGGAGAGAAAAGUUUUAUACCUGAUAUUCUGUGGUAGCAUACUUGCUCUACCUGGAACAUAAGAACCCUGCAAUUAUUUUAUUUGCUUUAAUAAAGCAGUCUAUUCCCAAAGAUUGGGUAUGCUCUGAUGUGUUUUGUCUAUUGUUACUAUAAAAGAGCUUAAAUUAGCCAUAUAUUGUACAAAUAGAAUCAAGGGGUUGAUAGUUUAAAAAAAAGUUUUAAAGUUCUCAUUUAGUAGAACAAUGUAGUUAAUCCUCUCUUUUUUUAUCUUCCCUUGAUGUAAUCCAAAUUAUUAAGCAUUCAGAAUGCUUAAGGCCUUAAAUGUGAUAGACCAGUUUAUGUUAUAAAUUCAGUUAUAAUUAAAUUUGAUGUGUUCUA